AUGUCUGGAAAGGGUACUUCUGGCUCCAGUGGCUCUGGUAACUCUCUCGGUAGCCCAUAUACUGUCAACAGCAGUGGUACCAACAGCCAAGGCAAUAGCUAUGAUAAUCGCUCCACUCCCUCGGGUAAAGCUUAUCACUACAGCAAUAGCGAUGGUUCUUACUACUAUGCUAAUGGUAAUGGCUCCACGUAUUACAACGGCAGCAGCGGUUCUACCUACACUGCUCCCGAUGGUACUUCAUACAAGAAGUAA